AUGGCGAGGAUGCGAGGAGGCGAAGAGAGUGGAGACAAAGAAAGAGAUCCAAAGUAUUCUGGAUUGGUUAGAUUGGCACAAAUUGUUACAUUAUUGGCUGUUUUCGCCGGUGGUGUCGUUCUCGGUUUAACCACCACUUCUCACGUUCACUACUUGGAUAACAAUAACAACUACCUUCGUUUCAUUUCACAAGAACCUUCCUCUGGUGUCUUCAAUCGUGUCGGUGAUUCCUUCCAAAACAACGACAGCAAUAACAACAACUGUAACUGUAAUUGUACAUUCAUUGAACCUCCUCCACCAUCCUAUGAUACAGAGAAGGAAGAUAUGUUGGAGGCGUUUCUUCAUCCUUCCAGCAUCACGCAUACUUUCACCGACGACCAGCUUUUCUGGAGGGCUUCCUUGGUUCCCAAGCAAGAACAUUAUCCCUAUGCUCGUGUGCCCAAACUUGCUUUCAUGUUCCUUACGAGAGGACCUUUGCCGCUAAUGCCCCUCUGGGAGAGAUUCUUCCAAGGCCACUACAAUCUCUUCAACAUUUAUAUCCAUGCUCCUCCUGGUUACGUUCUCAACGUUUCAGAUUCUUCCCCCUUUUACGGACGCAACAUCCCAAGUCAGGCUGUUUCCUGGGGAACAGUUACGUUGGCGGAUGCGGAGAGGCGGCUUCUAGCCAAUGCACUGCUCGACUUUUCGAAUGAGCGCUUUAUUCUCCUCUCGGAAAGUUGCAUACCUGUCCACAACUUCCCUACCGUUUAUAGAUAUCUCGUGGAUUCUGCGCACAGCUUUGUUGAGUCGUAUGACGAACCAACCCGUUAUGGCCGGGGCCGCUACAACCGCAAUAUGCUUCCUGAUAUUCAGCUUAGACACUGGCGCAAAGGCUCUCAAUGGUUUGAACUUCACCGUGCUCUAGCGGUUUAUAUCAUCUCGGAUACCCGAUACUAUGACCUCUUCCGUAAGUAUUGUAAGCCUGCUUGCUACCCGGAUGAACAUUACAUUCCAACCUUCCUCAACAUGUUCCAUGGUAGGCUUAAUUCAAACAGAACAGUCACAUGGGUGGACUGGUCAAUGCUUGGUCCUCAUCCGGCAACGUACGGGAGGGACAAUAUAACUGUCAGUUUUAUACAGGCGAUAAGGAAUAAUGGAUCACUCUGUCGAUAUAACUCAGAUAUGACUUCUAUUUGUUACCUGUUUGCUCGCAAGAUUGAUCCAAGUGCAUUGGAGCCCUUGCUUAACCUCUCUUCAGAAGUCAUGAACUUUUAA